AUGCACAAUAUAGGCGCCGAUUCCGUCCGCUCUGUGUUGGGUGACGCCGGCUGCUACGCCUACUGCGCCAUCUGCGCCAAAUCCCUGCACGACCUGUUCAAGGAACCAUGGAACAGGUCCUUCUGUGAGGAGGUGGUGUCGGGGCUCAUCGAGCACGUCGGACUCCCACAACAGGUGGCGCCCUCUCUGCUGGCCAUCGUGGGCGGCCAGGACUGCCAGGAGGCCGCCCUGGUCGAGGUCCUGAGGUCUGAGCCCGCCCUGGGAGGCAGCUGCCUGCGCGUCCUGGAGGACCUGGUCCUCUUCGCCGUCAGGGGAGGUGUCUACGACGCCCGCCUGCGUGUCCUGAUCAUUCACGUGUCGUGGCUGCUGCGAGUGCCGCUCCCCCUGGUGGAGAUUUAUGAAGAAUCGGUGGUGGACAGGCUAUCGCAGGAUGUGCAUCAGAUAUCGGAGGAGGAGCAGCGGGCCAAUGCCAAGCGACAGAGGAACAAGAAGAUCAAGCGCUACCUGCUGGUGGGCGUGGCCACGCUGGGAGGAGGAGCCGUCUUGGGUCUGACUGGCGGACUGGCCGCCCCGUUCAUGGCUGCCGGGGCGGGCGCCAUCCUGGGCGGCGCCGGGGCGGCGGCGCUCGGAUCGGCGACGGGCGUUGCCGUCAUCGGAUCCCUCUUCGGAGUCGCCGGAGCCGGGCUCACAGGCUACAAGAUGCAGAAGCGCGUUGGCGGCAUCGAGGAAUUCGCCUUCGACCCCCUGACGGAGGGGCGGCACCUGCACCUGGCCCUGGCCGUCUCUGGAUGGCUGGCCGAAGAAGAGUCGUUCUCGGACCCUUGGCUGAGCCUGUUGCACUCCCGUGAGCAGUACUGCCUGCGCUACGAGUCCAGCUACCUGUUGCAGCUGGGACGGGCCAUGGACUACCUGUUCAGCUUCGCGCUCAGCUUCGCAGCGCAAGAGGCACUCAAGUACACCAUCCUCUCCGGCCUGAUCGCGGCCAUCACCUGGCCCGCCGCCUUGAUCGCCGCGGCCGGCGUCAUCGACAACCCCUGGAGCGUGUGCGUCAGACGAUCGGCGGAGGUGGGGAGACACCUGGCGGACGUCCUCAUCCAAAGGCAACAGGGCAAGCGACCGGUGACGCUGAUCGGGUUCAGCCUGGGCGCCAGGGUCGUCUACUACUGCCUGCAGGAGAUGGCCAAGCGGAAAGGUUCGGCAGGCAUCGUGGAGGACGCCGUGCUGCUGGGGGCCCCCGUGUCCGCCGCCCCCCGCCACUGGAGGGAGCUUUCCCGCGUCGUCAGCGGACGCAUCGUCAACGGAUACUGCCGGGGCGACUGGCUCCUCAACUUCCUGUACCGGACGUCUUCGGCCACCCUGAAGAUCGCCGGAUUGCAGCCGAUUGAGUGGACGGACCGCCGGAUGUGCAACGUCGAUCUCAGCAGCGUGGUGUCUGGUCACAUGGACUACUCGAACAAGAUGGACACGAUCCUGAGGGCCGUCGGGGUGAGGACGACGGACGAGGCGCGGGACGGAGAGGGACUGCGCAAGUCCCGCUCUGCAGCGCCCCCUGCUGGCGGAAACAAGCACCGGCAGAAGCCCAGGUCCAGGUCCGAGGGCGACCUGAGGAGGAGCUCCUUCGAAGUGCCGGACUGUCCGGCCCCCGGCCUCCCGAGGGACCGGUCCCAGUCCCUGGACAGUGGACUGAGCCGGUCCGGCUCACCCGGAUGGACGACGCCGGACGGGAGGCGCUCCCCCCGCCCUGCCCCACAAGGGGAGCGGAGCUCCACCGAGCUCCUGGCCCCCGGAUCUUGGGACUGGACCGCGUGGGAAGAGGAAGUCCAGUGAGAAGGUUCAUUAUCGUCCCCAUCUGUGUUUUUUUUUAAAUAAAACGCAAUUUGUGUGCAAGAGAGGAAUGUGUUUCUGCCGGUUUACCCAUUAACCCUUUCAGACCUGGUGUCCGGUAUACCGGACAACCAC